UGGUCACCCACUGCAACCGGGUCCCAUAUCCCUCUGCAGGAAUCGUUUUUUCCCCGUACGCAUCCCGUUCGGCUCAGCUCUCCUGCGGCGAUCGAUUGCAUCACGCAUCGCAGAGGCCACCACCACACUCGCGUCGGCGCGGCACAGAUCAGAUCCCGUCCCCGGCGGCCAUGGCCGAGCGCUUCGACCUCCAGAGCAGGCACGGCAAGUCCCGCGUCCGCGUGUCCCGCGUGUGGCGCCGCCCCGCCGCGGCCGGCGGCCACCUCUUCGUCGAGUGGAGUGUCGCCGUGAGCGUCGUCUCCGACUGCCUCCCCUCCUACACCUCCGACGACAACUCCGCCAUCGUCGCCACCGAUUCAAUCAAGAACACCGUGUAUGUGAAGGCCAAGGAGUGCACGGAGGUUGUCUCCAUGGAGGAAUUCGCGGUUAUCCUUGGAAGGCAUUUCACCUCCUUGUACCCUCAGGUCUCAGAGGCUUCGGUGUCAAUCGUGGAGCGCCCAUGGGAGCGUGUGGUUGUCGAUGGGAAACCUCAUUCACAUGGGUUCAAACUUGGUGCUGAAAAGCACAGCACAGAGGUCACCGUGAAGAAGUCUGGAAGCCUGCUUAUAAAUUCUGGGAUACUAGGGUACUCACUGUUAAAGACCACUCAGUCUGGAUUUGAAGGAUUCGUGAGGGACCGCUACACACUUCUUCCAGAAACAAGAGAAAGAAUUGUAGCAACAGAAGUAACUGCUUGGUGGAGGUAUCCAUUCGAACAUAUUUCCCAGCUCCCAUCAAAGCCAUUUUGCUUCACACAAAGAUACCAGGAUGUAAAGAAAGUUCUCGCAGACACAUUCUUUGGUCCUCCUGACGUUGGAGUGUAUAGUCCAUCGGUGCAGAAUACAUUAUACCUCAUGGCUAAAGAAGUUCUUACCAGGUUCCCAGACAUAUCAUCUGUUCAGCUUAGGAUGCCGAACCUCCACUUUCUACCUGUGAACUUAUCAGGCAAAGAAAAUCCAGGAUUGGUGAAGUUUGCUGAUGAUGUGUACAUGCCCACUGAUGAACCACAUGGAACCAUUGAAGCAACGUUGAGCCGUGCCAACUCAAAGUUGUAACUUCUUUUUUUUUUCCUUUGUUGUGAGGAAAAACUGUAACUUCAAUCGGGGAGGUGGCAAAGCUCAUGAUUUGAUUUUGGUUUCUUCAAGGUAAAAGAUCUGCAAUAAACAGCGACAGGAAAAAAAAAAGCUAGCACAACCCCAUGUUAAAAGGAAAUAAGUAAACUUUGCGUGUGUUCAGCUAAACGACUUCCACCAUUGUAAAUGUUGUACACAGUACACUGUUUGUUUCGUUGUAUGAAAUCUGCAAUAUACCUUCUACUUUCCUCA